AUGACCCCAUGUAUCUCGCGCAGUCUGAACCCGCAGUUGCGACGGCUGUUUACCCGUCUUGGCCGCCCGGCAGAAAAAGUCUCCCCGACAAACGCAGGAGACUCUACUCUCCGCUACCGCAAUCCGAUCUACGUUCGUUAUAACCACAAAAUGAUGGGAGCUGCCGGCCUGAAAGGGCCCAGUGCGGCCGCCGUAUUUGCGCAGCAACGGCUGACCGCAGUGCCUCGAUCCUAUCGAUCGAUCUCGACUUUCCGAUCACAGCACUCGCGAAUUACCACCCGACCGGGCCAAUUGGCCUCAGGUCUUUCUGGAAAUGCUCCCUGGCGGACCGCGUCCAUUGCUGCUGGACCGGCUGCUGUCCGUUUUAACUCGACUUCCUCCAGCGAGACACCUGCUUCUACCUCGGAACCCAUUGCGUCGGACGGAGCAUCGCAGGCCACCGACCUCCUCUCUUCUGAUAUCAGUUCGAUCCCCGAGCACCUUGGAUACCUGAAGGAGCUUGGACUGGAUUAUGGCAUCGGUCCUUCGUCGAUGAUCGAGUGGUUGAUCGAGCAUAUCCACAUCUGGGGUGGUUUGCCAUGGUGGGCUAGUAUUGUUGGCGCGGGUGUCGCUGUUCGCCUCGCGCUGCUCAAACCUAUGCUUGAUGCCUCGGACAACGCCGCCAAAAUGCACAACAUGAAACCCCAGAGCGAGCCUCUCCGAGCGGAGAUGACGCGCGCUAUGAAGGAGAAUAACCAGAUUGAAAUGCAGAAGAAGAGAGCCGAGCUGUCGCAGCUCAACAAGGAACAUGGUGUCAGUGCUUGGAAGAGUCUUGUCUCCAUGUUGCAGAUCCCUCUUGGAUUCGGUACUUUCCGAGUUGUGAGAGGCAUGUGCUCUCUUCCCGUUCCGGCCUUGCUGGACGAAAGUCUGCUCUGGAUCAAAGAUCUUACAGUGCAUGACCCGCUUUAUAUUCUGCCGGCGCUGAGCUCAAUGAUGAUGUACUUUACAUUCAAGCGCGGUGGCGAGACCGGCCUCUCGGACAUGUUCAAUACAAGUAUGGGCAAGACUAUACUGAUAGGUCUGCCGACGCUUUCUUUCGCCUUCAUCGCGACCAUGCCAGGCGCCCUUCAGCUCUACUUCUGUGCCACUGGUGCUUUCGCCCUUGCCCAGGCCUAUGUGAUCAAUAACACAACCAUCCGCACGAUGUUGGGCAUGACCAUUCCUAGAAAAGUCACUGCUAAUUCUGCAGCUGGAGCGGAGACUAGAAACUACCUGGCGGAGCUUCAGGAGCGCGUGAACAAGCGCCAAAAGCAACUGAGGGAGGAAUACAAGAACGCUUCCGAACCUGCAGAGCCGAAAGAAGUCAGCAAAAUCGACAGCAUGAUGUCCGGCGUCAGUAGCCAUUUCAAGAAGGUGGCGGGUGAGGUCAAUGACACUAUGCGGGAAAAGAUGGGCCAGGGUCCAGCCAAGAAUGCUGAUGGCUCCCCCGCUGCGCCGCCGCGUCUCACUGAUGCUGAGCGAAGGAAGGCAGAGGAAUAUGAGAAGGAGCAGCGGUCCCUCGAUGAGUACCGUCGCGCGGAGCGCAACCAUGCUCGUCGGAAGGCCCAAAUGCAAGCCCUUCGAAAUGAGCGGGACAAGGCCCAGGCUUCUCUGAAGCGGCAUCAGGACGCUGCCAAACAGCAGCAGUCCCAAAACCGGAAGUGA